GGCGGCUCGGCGUUCCUUCCCUGUCCCUAUGGUCCAUUGUGAAGGCGCUCAGGGAGGUGGCCUCCUCGCGAGUUUUCCUCCAGAAGAGGAGCUGGGCGAACAGAGAGAGAAGAGUUCAGGGUGCGAUGCAAGAAAGGACCUGGUGACCUUUGAGGAGGUGGCUGUGCAUUUCACCCAGGAGGAAUGGGCUCUGCUGGAUCCGGGCCAAAGAGCUCUGCACAGGGAGGUCAUGGAGGAGAAUUACGAGGCGGUGACUUCUCUGGAAUCAGAUGUUAGCUCCUGCUGGGAAGAAGGAGAGGACCCGUUUACCCAGGAUCCGAAAGAAGAAGAGACAUCAGCAGAAAUCCCCAAACCGGACUUGAUGUCUUGGCUGAAAGAAGAAGACCCGAUUAGGUGGGGCUCAGAGGAAGUGACGAGAUGGGCAGAGACCCAGAAAGGCCAGAAUAUCGACUGCAAGGUUGUCGGGGAGGAAGGCACUGCCCAAGACGCGCUGCUGGCGAGACCGUCGACCUCCGCCAAACCGCUGCCGUGGCUCGGCUUUGAGUGCGCCUUUUGUUUUGUGUCGCAGAAGGGCAAAAACGUGACGGUGCAGUGCAAGUUCUGCUUGCCGAAAGUGAAAACGGUGAGCGCCGCCACAACCUCCACGUCCAACUUGAAACGGCAUCUGCAGAAGCAGCACCCAGAGCAGCUCAGAGUCCUCGAGGCUGCGAAACGGAAGAAUACAAAGAAGCACGACUUCUCCGAGGCGGAAGACGCGAGCGGCUUGAGACCUCCCAAGAUGCCGGCAACCCUGGAGAGGUGGGGGUCCAGCAGGGAGCCUGUCAGCCAGAAACUUCUGGAUAAGAAACUGCUGGAUUUCAUUGUGGAGGAGACGGUGCCCCUCCAGCUGGUGGACAAGCCGUCGUUCAUCGAGUUUGCUCGCCUCGGCCUCGGCAAGGAGCUGUCCAUCAUGUCUUCCAAGACUCUGAAAGAGAGGAUAGAAAAGAAGGCGUACCACAUGCGGGAGGAGGCGGCCAUGAAAAUGACACGGGUGCAGCAUGUGGCUACCACUGCAGACUGCUGGACGCAUGGAAGGAAGACGUACCUCGGGGUUACGGCCCACUGGAUCAACCCGGAGAGCCUAACUCGGGAGUGUUGCGCCCUGGCCUGCCGACGCCUGAAAGGACACCACACCUACGAUCUCGCCACGACUCUGCACAACAUCCACGUGGAGUACAAAAUCCACCACAAAGUGGUGUGCACCACCACGGACAACGGCUGUAACCUGGUCAAAGCCUUCAGAGCUUUCUACACAGACAAGGAGGCGGUGGAUGUCAUGGACCAAGCAGACGAAGGGGACAACGACCAGCAGGAAGUGGAGUUUGUGGAUGUCUGUAACAUUCUGGACACGGGUGAAUACAGGGCUGCUGAAGAAGAAAUGUGCUUGCCCCCACACCAAAGGUGCGCAAGCCACACGCUGAACUUGGUGGCCACCCAGGACAUCGAGAGAGUCCUCAACUCUAAGAAUUCUCCUCUGGGCGGUUUCAAGAAACACUUUUGCUCCUUGCUGGGGAAGUGUUCUAAGCUGUGGUCCAAACAAAAGCAAUCGGCGAUUACCGCAGAGUACAUCAAAGACCAGUGCGGCGUCUUGCUCAGGGUCCCCAAUAAGACCAGGUGGAGUACCACCUACGAUGCUCUGAAGCAGCUAAGGGAUCUACUGUCCACUGCACCGCAGAAGAUGGAUUCCAUCCUGGACUUCUGCUCCUUGCAGAGGAUCACAGCUCCCGAGGCCCAGGUCAUCCAAGAAUAUUGCGAGAUCCUCGCUCCUGUGGCCCAAGCCCUCGAUAUCCUUCAAAAGGAAAACGGCAUGUUUAUGGGUUAUCUGCUCCCGACUCUCUAUGCUCUGGACCAUAAGUUGGAGGUGCUGGAGAAGAAGCCUGCAAAUUGCACCUACUGCCGCCCUCUGGUGAAGAUUGUGCGGGAAGGGAUAAGGAAAAGGUUUGAGCCGAUUUGGAAGGAGAGGAAGCUGUUGGUGGCUGCAUGCUUGCACCCUCGGUUCAAGGUGGACUGGUUGGAUCUGUGCAACACUGAGAUCGGCAAAAGUACCAUGGAAGCUUUGCUGAGAGCCGAGAUUCAGAGGGUGGUCACAGAGCAGGUAAAGAGCUCUUCGGAGAGGCAAUGUGCCGUUGACUGCGACGACGAGUUUUUCGGCAUACAGUCCCGAAGCAAGAAGUCGGCAUCGGACUCUGCCGAAGAGGAGGUCUCGAGGUACCUGAAGUUCCCCAACAGCGAGCUGUCUUCACUGCAUGCCUUCCCACAGAUUUUGAAAAGUUUCCUUGCAUACAAUACGGGCCUGCCUUCGAGCGCCGCUGCUGAGCGCCUCUUUGGCGCAGGUGGGAACGUAAUGACCGUGAAAAGACAUUCUCUGGCGGACGACAUGUUUGAGCACCUGGUGCUUCUAAAGCAGAACAAAGGCACGGUUUGAGGAUUUCGAUCAUGCCUAUGGAGAUGGCA